AUGGAGGAGCAGAGGCGAAGGAGUGCCCGGAGGUCAGCAUUUUUACUGCAACUUUCCCUUCCAAGACGUAGGUGCUUUGCCUGGCAACGUCGUCGCCGCCGGUUUUGGAUCCGACCUGGCCGAACCGCGGUCUGGUGGGAAAACUUCGAGAAAGAAGUCGUCCUCCCGGAGGAAUGGCACGAGAACUUACGAAUGUCACGGUCAUCUCUACUGUCCCAUUCGGAGUUACUGCGUCCCACCAUAGAAGGUCAGACUACUGUUAUGCGGUCGCCAGUCAGUGUAUUGAAAAAAGUUGCCCUCACCCUGUAUUAUUUGGCUGAUGAAGGUAGACUUCGUAAAACGGCAAACGCAUUCGGUCUGUCUAGACUGGCUGUUUCAAUAAUUAUCAGAAAGGUUUGUAGAGCGAUUACUGUCCACUUGGGUCCUAAAUAUAUAACACUGCCAAAAACCGAAGCGGCUGUCCAGCGACUUGUGCAGAGAUUUGAAGAAGCUCAUGGUCUCCCUCAGUUCCUACGUGCUGUGGAUGGGACCCAUGUAGAGAUAAAGCAACCCGCAGCCAAUUCAACUGAUUACAUCAAUAGGAAAGGGAGAUUUACCUUAAACAUUCAAGCCACCUGCGAUUAUAAAUAUGCCUUCAUGGACGUGGUAGUAAAAUGGCCUGGGAGCGUGCACGACGCCCGUAUUUUUGCCAACUCCACACUUAACACGUCCUUGAAAGACCGAAGCAUCCCUCCCUGUCCAAGGCAAAUCAUUGAAGAUGAAGAGGCAAUACCGGUUUACAUACUAGGCGACCCUGCAUAUCCACUGCUCCCAUAUCUUAUGAAAGAAUAUGUUAAUGGGGGAAGCAAUGCCCAGGAGCAGUACUUUGGACUGUGUUUGUGCCGAGCACGGAUGGUGAUAGAAUGUGCUUUUGGGAGACUAAAAGCCCGGUUCGGAGCCCUGUGA